AUAAACUCCAUCUGCACGUUCCACCAGCAUCAGUCAUCUCUCUGAGCUUACCCCAAAAACAACCAACCAACCAAAACUUAUUCAAGAUGUUCAAAUUUGUUGCUGUCAUCGCUCUCUUGGUCGCCACCGCCAGCGCCGGUCUGAUCGAGACCCACCAUGUGGUGCACGAGCCCGUCUUGGCCAAGGUUGGAUCGGUGGUGCACUCAGCUCCCUCCGCGGUUUCCCACCAGAGCAUCACCCAGGUGCACAGCAAAGCGGUGGUGCAGCCAGUGGUUGCUCCCAUCGUAAAGACCACCACCUACUCCCAUCCCGCCGUUGCUGUCCACGCUGCUCCAGUGGUUCACUCCGUGCCCGUUGUCCACGCUGCUCCAGUCGUCCACUCUGUGCCGGUGGUGCACUCCGCUCCUGUGGUGCACUCUGUGCCUCUGGUCCACUCCGCUCCCCUCGUCAAGUCUGUGGUGCACUCCGCUCCUCUGGCCUACACCCUGCACCACUAAGGACGCAAAUGUGAUACAGUAUUGACGAUUUUUUGUUUAAAUAAAUGUUUUUCGUUUUGUCAUAACAAGUUAA